CAUAAUUGACAAUAUAAGAUUAAGAGGGAGAGAUCUUACGGAAUGUUGACAUCGCCUCCCUUUCCUUUUUGCUUCUGAUCACAUCCAUGCUUCCAGGUUUCCUAGUUUAUAUGCAAUCUCGCUGCACUCAGAUUCUGAAUUGUGCAAAAUUUCCCAAACUAUGGAAAAUGAAGCGGGCUCUUUAAUACCCAAGGACCGGACAAACUUAGGCUACUUUGAUAAUGAAGGAGUAGGAUUGAAGAGCUUCAGAGUAUUCCUCAACUGGGUAUGCCCAGAUCGGUCUAAUAUUUGGAGGACUAGUCUGUCCUGGUCUAUCUUCUUCAUUCUGGUCAUUGUUGUUCCUUUGGUUUCUCACUUCCUUUUUUUGUGCUCAAAUUGCGAUUCAAAGCAUCGAAGACCCUAUGAUGCAGUAGUGCAAUUAUCUCUUUCUAUAUUUGCCAUAAUUUCAUUUUUGAGUCUAUCUUCUUGGUCUCAUAAGUACGGUCUUAACAAGUUCCUCUUCUUGGACAAAUUAAAUGAUGAAACUGAGAGGAUCCGCGGAGAAUAUAAACAGCAGCUCCAGACAUCAACGAAGCUGCUCUGCAUAUUUGUGCUCCCCUGCUUUGCUUUGGAGAGCGCCUAUCGAAUAUGGUGGUACGCGACAGGAGUUUCCGAAAUACCCUACUUCGGCAACAUGUACAUCAGCGACACUAUUAUUUGCUUAUUGCAGCUAAGUUCUUGGGUAUAUAGAAUGUCGAUUUACAUCGUGGUCUGCAUUCUCUACAAACUGAUUUGCUAUUUGCAAGUGCUAAGACUUGAAGAUUUUGGUCAAGUCUUUCAAAAGGAAAGCGAUGUCAGCUCGAUUUUGAAAGAGCACCUCCGGAUCAGAAGAAAUCUUCGCAUCAUAAGCCACCGGUUUCGAAGGUUCAUCUUGCUGUCUCUGAUUUUAGUCACCGCAAGUCAGUUCAUUUAUUUGCUGAUGACCACUCGUUCCAGCGCCAAUAACAACAUUUUCGAGGCUGGAGAACUUGCGUUGUGCUCCAUUAAUCUGGUGGCAGGGCUCUUCAUAUGCCUGCGCAGUGCAACGAAGAUCACGCACAAAGCACAGUCCGUCACAAGCCUUGCUACGAAGUGGCAUGUCUGCGCUACAAUCAACUCUUAUGAUGAUAUGGAUGGCGAGACUCCAACAUAUCAGAUUAGUACUUGUAGUCGCCAAGUGUUUCAUGUGGACAUUGAUUGGAGUUUGGACGAUGAAGAUGACGAAGGAGACGAUGAUUUGGAUGAUAACAACAAGAUGGUGCCGAUUUUCGCGCACACAAUCUCAUUCCAAAAGAGGCAGGCGUUAGUAACGUAUAUGGAAAACAAUAGAGCUGGCAUGACAGUUUACGGGUUCAUGAUGGACAGAGCAUGGCUCCACACCAUAUUUGGUAUUGAACUGGCUCUGCUACUCUGGUUGCUCAACAAGACAAUAGUGAAUUGGUCAUGAAAGCAAAGACACUCCAGUGACAUAAGAAAGAAAAAGUAGAAAGCUCUUACUUGCUACAGUCCACGUCAGGACCAAUGGGUACAGGAAAGUCGACGUUGCAGAGCUGAGGAAGUCGCUUAGCUUUAGCAGUGUUAACCCCAAAAGUUGGUAUAGCCAGCUUAAAACAUUCACAUAGACGUUUGCGUACUUCCUUAGUGGUAGCCUCACGGCUGACCUCUUGUGCAGCUGCACAACAUGGAGGGUUGGGCGAUGUGUCGUUACCAACCAAGUAUGGAUCGCAAGGCAUCAAAGUCAUGGUUUCCUGGCAUAGCGAAGCUAGCAAAGGCUUAGCGCUCACAAUCAAAACCGCCAAUACCAAGCUCCACAAACCCAUCAUUUUGUUCUCCUCUCAAGUUUGCAGAAUUGUUAACUCAGCUCGCUCUGAAAUCUACUGCUAGAUAUUCAUUCGACUCGUGUAGCUAUAUACUAAUUUACGAGCAAGUUUUAUUUACCAUUUAGGUAUUGGAGUAAUUAAUGAAUGAGAUUUGUAUACCUUAUGUUCACCGUUUGAAAAAUGUAUAUAUGGGAUGUGAAUCCACUUUCUUUAUUUAAA